GAACAAUCCAAAAGUAGGAGAAUUUAGAGAAGGGAAGUUGAGACAAAACACCCACAGCGACAGCUGCUGAUCAUUCAUUCCUUUGGAUAGAUGAACAAGUUCACGAUACAGGAUUCUCCAGGAGGAACUAGAUCUGGUGACCUAGAUCUACUGCUACUUCUAGGUUUAGAGUUGGUACUCAUCGAUAAGGUCUUGCAAGCCUGGACCAUAGCCUAAUACAGAUGGUUGGUCAUUACAUUAGGGAGAUGAUUAGCUCAAAUAAACUACUACCAUUUAACAUCUGUUAUAUGGAGGAAAUGGUACUUAGGCGCAAAUGACAAGCCUAGCCAAUAUCUGUGUAAGAAGAUUCAAGAAACAAGUGACAAGCCUGACCUGCAACGCAAGACGAAUGAUGCAACGCGAUCAGCAGCAUUUCUUCUCUGGAUAUGAGUUGCCUCUUGUUGUUGUUAAGGCAAAGCAUCGAAAUCGCAAACAAGGGGAGACGACGAUGGCGUUGGCAUGCUCAUGGAGUUCAGGAGUUGACACUUGACAGAGGAAAGGAUUGGCCUGAGACGCCGAGCGGUCCGCACCAUCGGUGAGCUAUGCAAUCCACGUAGCCUCACUGUCUCUGGCCACCGCAGAGCUAUGAACGCCAGCCCGUGCCUUGAGCUCCCUUCGUUGGCAAACACCUGACCGGAGGAGCUGAGCUCGCUUCGUUGGCAGACGAGGAUCCAAGAUGAGAGAGCAGCCGCGCCUUGAGCUCGAGCGGAGUCCGGGAAUGGCCGUCGCGGGCCGCAGGUGACCACUGCAUCUCCUCCUGAACGGCGGCCGGAACCUAUGCAGCGGACGCCACACCGCACACGCAAUGGUCUUCCGUGACUUUGUUUUGUGUGUGUGUGUGUGUGUGUGCAGAAUGACACUUGUUUAUGGGGGUGUUAUGAAAGCUUGCACUUGGAUUCUUCGUGCUGGGAUGAACGGAUUCACCAGAGAGGGUGGUGGUGGUGGAGCAAGUGAAACGAAGGUACGUAACAUCAAGGCACCAUUACCAUUACAAGAUGUAGAUGGGCGCCAGUGCUCUUUACAUAGAUUCCAAAAUCUUAUAAUGGAAGCAGUCACGUCUCUCAACAACAUUAUACGGUUUAUCUCCAAUCAACAUGAGCAUGGAAAGAAAUUGAAUGAGAUCAUACCUGUCUGGCUCCUUUUGUUUUCCGUUUUUUGCGACCAUGCCUGAGCACUUUUUCAUUAAGAGGAAAUGACUCAUUUUCUUUUCACAGAGAAGUUCUGCUAGGGAAGCCUAGCGGAACAUUUCAAAAACCAUUCAUUGCUAUGGAUAAACUAAUGCCUGCAUGAAACUUUGAAGAUUGUUGGUUCCACAACCUUAUUAGAUACAAUAAUCACAAUUGCGAAGAGUAUGACCACGAGAUGGACAAGAUACGAAACAAAAAAAAUUGUAACAUGAAAGAACAGGUAGCCCUGAUACAUGAACAGAACAAGUAUAGAACAAAACAGUGUCAUAUAAUGGAUGUGUCUUCACUUGCAUGCUUUUUAUACAUUGAUCAUAUAUGUCCCAUUUUUGAAAGAGUAGAACCAUGUCAAAGAAGCAAGACUCUUUGUACAUUCAUCCCCAAAUUUUACCUAUUUAAUUGUUCCUCUUUAUUUCUGGUAGAUCCUUUGCUGGGAAAGGUAGUUCUGAAGCUGUCCCCUCAGCAGUUCCCUAAAUAAAGUUAGGGAAAGAUCCCUAGAUUAUUCCAGAAUAUCUAGGAAAAGGAUUGUUGUAUUGUAUCUUUGCAGUUCUGUAUUGUCUUUGUCUGGCUAGGCAACAGCUUCUUCCAUGCCUUGAAAACAUCUUCGAUGUGCCUUCCAGUAUUUCUAGGCUCGUCUUCGUCUUCAUCCACAGUUGUCCCUGAAAACACAUAGGGUUAAACAAACAAGCUAAAUCCUCCACCUUCUUUCUUUUCAUAAGAUUAUGUCUAUUAAACUAGGUAGAAUUACCAGCUUCCAAAUAGCAGGAACAAACACAGGAACCAAAGAUUGCACAUAGUAAGUACCAAUGUCCACGUCAGAUUUUUGACAGCCACUUGAACCAAACAGAGAGACGUAGGUUCAGACUUCGUUCGGACCGUCAGGAGACCGCACCGAUCGAUGCAAGCAUCAUCACGCCUUUAGCCUCUCAAGGUAAAUCACGCUUUCGUUUCUUUGAUGAAUUUAAAUUCAGCAUGUGUGUGAGUUCGGAGCUUGAAUUUGUUGAACUGCUGCAUGUUCUGGAUGAUUGAGAAAGUCCAUGGCGCACGUGUGUGCCUGCAUGCUGUUCUGUUUCGUCAUGUCACCACUCACCAGUCACAUAAUCUGGUUCUCAAUUCGCAAGCCUUUCACAAUUCAGGGACUCAAUUCAUAUGCCUUUUGGAAUUUGACACCGGAGCUGCAGAUUGUUUCAGAUUUUAUUAGAGGUGUUUUGCUUCUGCAUCAUCUUCCCUUUUUUUUCUUUCAUUUGUCCAGCCAUGUGAAAGGAGGAGUAUACCCCUACUCCUUUUUGCUAAACUCCGCUUGUUUUAACUUCUAGGCAAUUUUGAAGAUUCGAUUUUAGGAAAUCCAAAAGUCAGAUGACUCAAAGAAUUGAGAAUCCAGCUGAUUAUGGAUUCUCGAUUCUGAAUUCUGGGAGUCAUCUGACUUUUGAGUUCCGCAAAAUUGAACCUUCAAAAUCAGCCAUAAGUUGAAACAAACAGGACCUCCAUCGGAUCGAGGCGAGUCCCAGCAUGGCGAGUCGAUGAGGCCAUGAGGGAACGGAUUCGCUGGUCUUGUCUAUUUACUGUAUUAUUAUUAUUUGAACCAGAGAUACCACAUGCAAAACAAAUUCAAAGUUUGUCUAUUUACUCACUAAUGGCAGGACGGCUGAACCAGAUCACACUUACUCUCAGCCAGAACUACAUAAAUGUAAAAGAUUCAAGAGGAAAUAAAUUUUGCAGGUACCGUGUGGCAGUAAUGCUCAUGCUCUGAUGUGAAGGCUACCAUACAUACAUACAAAUGGAUGGUAAAGCCAGUACUGCACAAAAUUACCUGGAACGCAUGCUAUUUGAUGAAAGAGUAAAGCCAAUAAAACUGCCAUUAUCUCUACUGGAAGCCAUCACAAAGAAUUUCUCUGAUGACCACGAGAUAGGCAGAGGUGGGUUUGCAAAGGUUUACAAGGGAAGGACAAGAAAUGGUAUGAUUGCUGUGAAGAAGUUGUAUAAAACACUUGAUAUGCAUGAGCAGAAAUUCAUCCAAGAGGUGCAAUGUCUCAUAAAGGUGCGGCAUAAGAACAUAGUGCGAUUUCUGGGAUAUUGUGCUGACACACAAGGAGAAAUGACAGACUAUGAGGGGAAGUCUGUCUUGGCAGAAGUACGAAACAGGUUGCUCUGCUUUGAGUUUCUACCUAAUGGGAGUCUCUAUGAGCAUAUCACUGAUGCAUCUUGUGGACUCGAAUGGAGAAUGCGCUACCAAUUGAUCAAGGGAAUAUGCGAAGGUUUACACUAUCUUCAUGAGAAUCAUAUUGUCCACUUAGAUCUCAAGCCUGGCAAUAUAUUGCUAGAUAAUAACAUGGUGCCAAAAAUUGCUGAUUUUGGUCUCUCAAGGUGCUUUGAUGAAAACCAAAGCAGGGAUAUUACUUCAAAACUGAUCGGAACACCGGGAUAUGUGGCACCGGAAUUCUACAAUGGGCAGAUCACAUUCAACCUAGACAUGUAUAGUCUUGGUGUUAUAGUUAUGGAAAUUUUGACAGGACAGAAGGGGUAUUCCACGGUCGAUAAAGUACUUGAGAGUUGGAGGAAUAGGUUGGAGAUAGCACAGCAAGAAACAUCUCUACAUCAAGUACGAUUAUGUGUUGAGAUAGGAAUAACGUGCAUGGACGCUAACCCAGAGAAUAGACGUGACACGAAGUAUAUAAUGGAUAAGCUAAAGGAACUGGAAAGCAGUUACGAAUUCAGUGAAGAUGCCUUUUCAUUCAAUGGCUUGGAGAAGGACUCCCAUCGGAAGGAUGGUGCGGCGGCAAACAAAGAGCCUACGACGGUGAAUGGCACAAACAAGAACGGAAUCCACUACUACAUAUCACCAACGCGGCCUCAUGUAGUGAGCACCCACGAGAUUCUUGGAGCGCAUGAGAGACAAAGCCAACAAGCGGACAACAGAUCAAACAAGCAGUAUGAAGACCCCAUCUUGACAAAGCAAAGUGAAAGCACAAUGAAAUCUGUGAUUGGAGGCAGGCUCCGGCACAUGCUGUGCAAGUCAAUGGUGGGGUGGAGCCAGAGCCAUGGAGUGGUUGCUUUAGGAGUUAGGACAGAGGGGGAGGCCAAACAAAUGAUAAGGGAUACGCCCAAUGGAGUCCAAGGGGAGCUUGUGGCGGCAGGGUGGCGGACAUGGCUCACGGCGGCGGCGGAAGAGGUGGUUCAGGGGUGCCAAUCGCCAGGGGCGAACAUGUUUCUUGGGUGGCAGCCUCAAGGGGCGAAGCUACGUUGAGUUACUACGGUGCACAUGCACCAUGGUAAAGUAGAAAAUAUGAAAGCCCAAGGACUCAAAUUUAUAAUAAACCGCAUUGAAUAUUGUAUGUGUUUCUUUGAUGUACACCAUGCUUAUUUGGACUCUGCCAUAGUGCAACA